AUGUCUCAUCACAUCGACGUUUUCGAUGAAAGCGAAAUGAUUCAGAAUGUUGCUUCUGUUCAUUCGAAUUCAUUGGAUACAAUCGAAAGUCACAAAAUAACAAAAUUAUCAAUAUCACCAAAUUCAACCAUGACUGUAAAUGAGGAUAUUCGCGACUUUAAGGUAUCCGAUAAAAAGAACAUUAUAUAUCAAGUUGCAAAUGAUGCUAAUGUAAAAUUCUACGAUUUGGAAAACAAUAAAGAAAUAAAGAACGACAUUUAUAAUAACCGAUUUGAAUACAAAUAUACUAACAUUCUUAAAAAUGGAAAUUUUGUAUCAUUUAGUGCACCCAAAGUUGUUACUUAUGCACCUUCAGAUGUUCGAACUAUAUCUUUUUAUGAAUUCCUGGAAAAAAUUAAUUAUGGCGGCGUUAUAAACGAUAAGAUGUGGUUGACAUCAUAUGAUUCGAUAUUUUUAAUGGAUUUAAUUACUUUUCAAUUUCAGAUGGAAAUGAACCUAAAUACUAAACAAAUAGACUUUAAAUUUUCUGAAAAUUUAUUAAAUGAAUUGAUAAUGAAAGUCAAUGAUACAUAUCAUAUUUAUUCCAAUAAUGUUCCAGUUGGAAAGAUUACGGAUGCAGACGCUCGAGAAUUUGAUUUUGCUGGAAGUAAUGAUGAAAUUCUGAUUACAUUAACAAGUGUUAACACCAUCAACAUUUACUUUUGGAAAUCAAAUAUAAAAAAAUCAAUUUACUUCAGUGAAUUAUUUGGAUCUGAAGAUCAAUUUAAACUUUUUGAAUUUAGAGGAAAAAAGGCCUUUGGAAUUUGUAAUGAAGAACCUCGGAUUUUUGAUAUUUCAGACGAUUUGAAAAAUCACAUAAUUAAUGAUAACAUCGAAGAUAAUGAGUUACUUUUUUCUCCUGCUUUUUCUGGCUCUAGAGCAAUUUGGUUUAAAUCUUCCCUUAAAAUUUUCAAGGUCUAUUUCAGAAAUCAAAGUCAUCUUAAUGAUUUAGUUGAUCCAUCUAAAACAAAUGAUAUUGAAUUUUAUAAAACCUGGGAUGGUGAAGCUUUAAUUAAUUUUAAGUGGAAUGUAUUCGGAAGAAAUUAUUAUGCAGGAAUUUGGACAUUAUAUUUGAUAUUUAUUAAUUGCUUCGUAAUUGCAACAAAUACUGAUAAACUCAAACGAAAGAUUUGGUCAUCAUUAUCUCUUUUUUUGGGUCUGUUUCAACUUUUAUUUGAAAUUCGUCAAUUUAUUAGAGGUCCUAAGAAAUGGAUGUCAAAUAUUUGGAAUUGGUUUGAACCAAAAGAACAAUUUGGUAUAGAAAAUUUGGGAGAUUUAAAUGAUAGCAAUAAUCCUUGGAAACUUACAGAAAAAUACCAUCAAAUUUCUGAUGCACCAGAUGGAAAAUUUAUUUCAAAUUUUACUCUAUAUAAAGAACCUGAUGACCAUACAAAUUUAUUCACAAAUUAUUUCAGAAAUAAUCCACUAGGUGCAUGGUCUUUUGAAGAAAAUAUUGUUUUGACUAUAUUGAUGGUUUUAUUUUCAUUAAUAGUUGUUAUAUUCCUUAUGAAUUUAUUUAUUGGACUAUUAAAUAAGGCGAUUGAUGAUGGAGAUGAUCGAGCACAUUAUAUUGCACAAAAGGCAGAGUUGCUUAAAAAAAUUGAAUUAUUUUAUUUGCUACCACAUCAAAGACGUUGGAAAUCAUGGUUUCCAGAUAUCGCUUUCUAUUAUGCUGAUGUUUAUGAAACGCGUCAAACUGUAAAGAAAUUAAUUAUUGACAAUACUUGGAAUACAAAUAAUCUCACUGAAAUGAAAAAAUCCCUUCUAAAUUGUCUUGGAAUUGAAUAUAACAAUUCUUUAUAA